AUGAAUCUGCGUCAGGAUAAUGUCCAAGAGCAAUCUGCUGUUCAGGAUGAAGUCAAGCGCAUGAAAGUUGAAGUCUGUGAGGAAAAUGAAGUAAGCGAAAAACCCUCGAAAAAAGAAAAGAAAAGGAAAGACAAAAUAGAGAAAGUGGAGGAAGCUGUACCAUUAGUUAGUGGAAACGAUGAAACAGGGAAGAAGAAGAAGAAAAACAAGAACAAAGAGGUCAGGCAAUAGCU